UAAAAUCACAGCAGAAUAACAUGAGUCCAAGGGAUCAGAACCGGGCCAGAACCUUCGCAGGAUGGCGCUGUUUUCCGCAGCUGCAGGAACGUUCCUCCUUCUGCUGCUCACAGCCGGAGCUCUUAGAGCGGAGCACCAGCAGCACACUUCCGGCAGCUGAACGCAGACCACGACGAAGAAGAUGAGCACCAGACAGGUGACCUGCAGGUAUUUCCUCCAUGGAGUCUGCAGGGAGGGCAGCAACUGCCUGUUCUCUCAUGACCUGAACAACAGCAAACCCUCCACCAUCUGCAAGUACUACCAGAGGGGAACCUGCGCCUACGGGGAGCGCUGCAGGUAUGAUCAUGUGAAACAUUCAAUAGGAGCAGGCGGCGGAGCUUCAGCGGACCCAGCAGGUGCAGGCAGAGUCAGAGGUGAAGGGAAGAAGCCUUUGGUCCUGAAGGACAGAGCACUGUGCGGCGACCGGACCUUUGGCGGCCUGACAGACGGUCCGACCCCGGCGGUCCCGGAGGCGGCGGCCGCUCCGCAGUCCUAUGUGGAAGCCAUCAGAACCGGGCUGGACGGGUCGGCUCCAGAACCAGAGCCACACGCGGUGGGCGGAGCCUAUCAGCUUUGCCCAUAUGCCGCCAGGGGACACUGUUUCUAUGGCGACAGCUGCCCGUAUCUCCAUGGCGACCUGUGUGAGGUGUGUCGGUUACAAGUUCUCCACCCCCACGACCCGGAGCAGAGGAGCGCGCACGAGAAGGUGUGCUUGCUGGCCUUCGAGGCCGACAUGGAGAAGGCGUUCGCCGCCCAGCUGAGCCAGAACAAGGUGUGCUCCAUCUGCAUGGAGGUGGUGGUCCAGAAGGCGGCGCCGUCGGAGCGGCGGUUCGGCAUCCUGUCCUCCUGCUGCCACACCUUCUGCCUCAGCUGCAUCCGCCAGUGGCGUGGAACCAGCAACUUCUGCAACAAGAUCAUCAAGUCCUGUCCGGAGUGUCGGAUCAUCUCGGAGUUCGUCAUCCCAUCUGUCUAUUGGGUGGAGGACCAGGAAGAGAAGGAUCAGCUGAUCGAGCUCUUCAAGUCGGGCGUGAGUAAGAAGGCCUGUAAAUACUUCGACCAGGGCCGCGGCUCCUGUCCCUUUGGGGGAAACUGCCUGUACCUCCACGCCUACCCGGACGGAACCCGACCGGAACCGGACCGGCCCCGGAAGCAGCUGAGCUCCGAGGGAAACGUCCGGUUCAUGAACAGGGUCCGGCUCUGGGACUUCAUCGAGGAGCGCGAGCAGCGCGCCGCGCCGCCGCUGGAUGAUGACAUCACUGAGCUGCGCCAGCUCUUCAUGCAGAUGUCGGGUCCAAGCGCAGAGGAAGCCGAAGCACCGCCCAACCCCGGGGAGUAGGCGCCUGCCGUCUCCAUGGCAACCGGCAGCCAUGUUGGUCCUGACUGGAGGCUGAUGAGGCGAAUAUUUAUUUCUGAUGUAUAAAGUAAAUAGAGACGGUUUAAAACUGAA